CCCUUGGCCUCCCUGCCCCGUUAAUAAUUACAGUAUUCUAUUCUCUCUCUAGCAAACAAGUAGGAGUAAUUUUCCUCUUUCUUUAUUCUACUAGUCUAGGGAAAAAAAAAAAGUAGUCGAUCGAUCGAUCGAGAGGUUUAAUCUGUCCUCCCUCUCGCCGGUCGCCGCCCUCGUCCCCGCCGCCGCCGCCGCCGUUAGAUUGAAGCAGAGCUACAGGCAGGAGGGGCUUCUCCUCGCGCGCCGCCAUGGUGCUUGGCAACGUCGCCAUCCUCGUCGGCUCCGGAAUUCUUGGAUCAGUUCUUGUAGGUGGUGAUGCCAAACUCCCUAGUGCCGGGGAGGUACUUUCUGGUGCUGCCAAGUUUGUCAAGAAGCAUGGAAACGAAGGGAAAGAUACAUCGUCUAACACCGAUACACACACCGCUCAGCUAUUAUCUCAGGUCAACCAUCUCAGACAGGAGAUACAAUCUCUAGGAUCAAGGCCUGUUACAGUUGUCACCAAUGCUGCUAGAUCAGGACCUGGUACAUUUACUAUAACAGCGGUGGUUGUUGCUGGGGCUGUUGGCUACGCCUACAUUAAGUGGAAGGGCUGGAAACUUUCUGAUUUGAUGUUUGUCACGAAGCGUGGCUUAUCUGAUGCUUGCAAUGUAGUUGGCAGCCAAUUGGACAAGGUUUCAGAUGAUGUCACUUCUGCAAGGAAACAUCUCGCUGGAAGGAUUGAUCGUGUGGAUAUCAGUUUAGAUGAAACACAAGAAAUUAUUGAAGGGACAAGGGAUGAGGUCACAGUCAUCCAUGGGGAUCUGAGUGCUUUCCAAGAGGAUUUACAAUCAGUUAACCUUGUAGUUCGGAGUCUGGAAUCAAAGCUUGUGAGUCUGGAAUACACCCAGGAUCAUACGGCUAAUGGAAUAUCUGACUUGGUUGAGUUCACCCAGAAAGCCACUAUUCGCCAGGUCCCAGCAGCAUCCGUUCCUCCAGCUAUUGGAUCUUCAGAGCGAGUUGUUAGGAGGGUUUCUUCGUUGCCUCAAUCUACUGCUCUUCCAGCUCUGCCGACAACCGCACCUGCAGCUGAACCAUCACCUAGGGCAGAGGUGCCACAGGAGGAACAGUGGGGUUUUGUGAGCAAAGCAUCAUCUAGUAGGGAAGGAUUAGGGCGUUUGCAGCAGCAGCGGAGUGUUGUGACCAGAACGUCGUCUAUGAGGGAAGGAUCUCCUGAAUCUUCAAAUGGAGCCUCAUCCUCAACUGGAGCAAGCACAGGAAGGAACACAAGCACAGGAACAAACACAAGCACGGGCAGAUUUGGUGGGCUGAGGCUUCCUGGACUUGGGUUUCUUGCAAGUUCGACGAGUUAGUUGAUGAGGUGUUUUUAUUUAAGUUAAAAGAUGGUGCUGCCAGGAGCUCUCCAUUGCUUUGCUUGUAGUUUUAGGUUGUACAGUAGGAGAGAAGAGAUAACAGUAGCAGUGAUGUGAUGGAACAACACAUAUACGUGCGGGGCUGGGCUCGUUUGUUCUUGAGGAGGCCAAAUUUUUGUAGAAAAAAGAGAGGAAAACAUGUGCACCUAUGUAUCUAUCUAUCUAUAGCCAUGAAUGCAUCAUCCAGGGCAACACCUUGGUCUUUGAUGUCGAGAUUUUUAACUUAAAAUGCCAAGAGUACUAGUACUUGGUUAAUUAAUUUUAUGAAGACGAGUCAACUGGUUGGUUGCCUUUGUUACUA